AUUGAAACUCAUCCACGGUAAUUUACCGACGUAUAAAAAAUUUUAAGCUCGAAAAUAAAUUUUUUUUAUCGAAAAAUAAAAGACAAAAGGUAUUUUCUGACGCUUUUGGUCUUCAAAUGAACAUGAAAAAUAUUUGAACAAUAUCAUUUCUCUUUAUUACACUCAGUGAUGAUCAGUGCAACUUUGUUAUUUGUUUGACUGUGACAUUGAUAUUUAUGUGAGUUCAUCGAAACAUGGGAGACGCAGCUCUAAAUACUUCAGAGAAUUCUGUUAAUCAAGAUGAACUCAUUCUUCAACAACAACGAAGUAUUGAGAAAGAGAUAUCGGAAUCAAUACCUCUAAUUGGUGAAAAAGAAUCACUGAAAAGUUUAGAACGAGAAUAUGAUGAAGAUGAAGUGUAUUUGUCAAAAGCUAAAUCCUUAGGUCAAAAAUAUUCAUUUAUUAGAAGAACGAGACCUGAUGGCAAUUGUUUCUUCCGUGCUUUUAGUUUUGCUUAUCUUGAAAGACUGUUAGAGAACAAGGAAGAAUAUGAAAAAUUUAGAGAUUUAGCAGCAAAAAGUAAGGAUAAUUUAGUUGCUUUAGGAUUCCCUCAAUUUACUGUGGAAGAUUUUCAUGAUACUUUUAUGGAAGUUAUUGAUAAAGUUGAAGGUGGUUCCGAAGCUAGUUACACAGAGUUAUAUAAAUUUUUCAAUGAACAAGGGUACUCUGACUACAUUGUUGUAUAUCUUAGAUUGAUCACAUCUGGCCAACUUCAAAAAGAAGCUGAUUUUUAUCAAAAUUUUAUUGAAGGAGGUCGAACAGUUACUGAGUUUUGUCAUCAGGAAGUUGAACCAAUGUAUAAAGAAUCUGAUCACAUCCACAUUAUUGCCAUGAGUACAGCUUUAGGAACUGGAGUUCGAGUUCGGUACAUGGAUAGAGGAGCUGGAACGGAAGUAGUAGCACAUGAUUUUCCUGAAGGAGCAACACCAUCAGUUCAUUUAUUAUAUCGUCCAGGCCAUUAUGACAUUUUAUAUCCUUGAUAAUAAUAUUAAUAUUGAUAAACAAACCAUCAACAUAAUUUUGCUUAAUAUUCUAAUUAAUUUUUCAAUAAAAUUUGUUUUCACAGGAUA